CGGUAGGCAAGCUGCCAGUUGCGUGUAUCUUAUUCUUGAACGGCAACCUCUUUUUAUUUGGCCUUUUUAUUUGCCUACUUACUACAAGUCUGCUCUGUUCUCUUAAUUAGAACAAAAUGCUCCAAAGGAUUGGAUUACAACUUCUACAUCAUGGUCGGAUGCUUCCUACCGUGCUGAGCCAAAGCUCAGCUGUUCUUCGCAGCUUUUCCGCCGCUCCACAGCCAGCGGAGGACACUGACACAGGGGUGCCGAUCAUAGAGAAGAAGGGAAUCUCCCUGCGAGGUGUGCCGCUGUAUCUGGACAUGCAGGCCACUACGCCUAUGGACCCACGGGUCAUUGAUGCCAUGCUGCCGUUCAUGACAGAGCAGUUCGGCAACCCACAUUCCCGUACGCACCUGUACGGCUGGGAAUCUGAGGAGGCGGUGGAGGACGCCCGUGCCAAGAUCGCCCGGCUUAUCGGAGCGGAUCCCAAAGAGAUCAUCUUCACCAGCGGGGCUACGGAGUCCAACAACACCGCCAUCAAGGGGGUCGCCACAUACCACAAGGACAAGAAAAAACACGUCAUCACGACGCAGACAGAGCACAAGUGUGUUUUGGACAGCUGCCGGUGGCUGCAGCAGCGGGGUUGGGAUGUGACGUACCUACCGGUUCGCCCCGACGGCCUCCUGGAUUUGAAUACGUUGGAGAGCGCCAUAAGGCCCGAUACGGCCCUGGUCAGCGUGAUGGCGGUCAACAAUGAGAUCGGUGUCGUACAGCCACUGAAGGAGAUUGGCGAGAUCUGCAGAUCCAAGGGUGUGUAUUUCCACACAGAUGGUGCGCAGGCAGUCGGUAAGAUCCCCCUGGACGUCAACGCCGCCAAAGUUGACCUCCUAUCCAUCAGCGGUCACAAGAUCUACGGUCCCAAGGGCGUGGGGGCGCUGUACGUCAGAAGGCGCCCCCGCGUGCGCCUCGAGCCCCUCAUGAGCGGCGGCGGUCAGGAGCGGGGCUUCCGCUCCGGAACCGUACCCACGCCCCUGGUGGUGGGACUGGGGGCGGCAUGCGAGGUGGCCCAGCGGGAGAUGGAGAAGGAUCUCGCCCACGUGAAGCGGUUGGAGGAGCGGUUGCGCACGGGGAUUGUUAGCCAGCUUCAGGGCGUCGUGCUGAACGGCCCGUCCGACCCGGCUCAACGCUACCCGGGAAACCUGAACUUGUCGUUCGCGUACGUGGAGGGCGAGUCGCUCAUCAUGGGACUCAAGGAGAUUGCGGUCAGCAGCGGCUCCGCGUGCACGUCGGCCUCCCUGGAGCCGUCGUACGUGCUGCGGGCGCUAGGAGUGGAGGAGGAGCUGGCACACACCAGCAUCAGAUACGGCAUGGGGCGAUUCACCACGGAAGCGGAGGUGGAUCGCGCGAUCUCCAUGACGGUGGACCAUGUAAACAAGCUGCGGGAGAUGAGUCCGUUGUGGGAGAUGGUGCAGGAGGGCGUUGACCUGAAGAGCAUCCAGUGGGCUCAACAUUGA